AUGAGUAUUGAAUAUGUUCAACUUCAAUUAGCUUCACCAAGUGAAAUUAAACGUUGGUCCCAACGUAUUUUACCAACUGGUGAAGUAGUUGGGGAAAUUAGUAAAGCUGAUACGAUUAACUAUCGAACCUUUAAACCAGAACGUGGUGGAUUAUUUUGCGAACGAAUCUUUGGAUCAACGUCCAAUGGCGAAUGUUCGUGUGGAAAAACUAAGCGUCGAAAAUUAAUCGUUCCCGUUAAUUUUAAUCGUCUCACACUUCAAAAACGAAAUGCUGAAUUAGAAGCAACGCAAGCGAUAAUUGAAGUUUGUCCGUCAUGUGGUGUUGAACCAACUAAUUCAAAAGUUCGUCGUUACCGUAUGGGUUGUAUUUCUUUAAAGAAACCUGUAGCCCAUAUGUGGUAUUUCCGUAACUCUCCAAACGUAUUGGCUGCAUUAUUAAAUAUGCGUAGUCAAGAAAUUGAUGAAACAAUUCACUUUCAAACAUAUACUCCGUCUAAGUACGGAACGCAAAAUUAUUGUUUACAUGGUGGUGUUCAAUGGUAUGUGAACCAUUGGGAACCAAUGCACCCUUAUUUUGCCGGAGAUAUUGAUGUUUCGAUGGACAAAGCUGCAUCGUGGAAUUCGAAAUCAACAUUUAUGCCAUCCCAAAUUAAAACAAUUGAAAAUUGUGGUGGUGAAGCAUUACAAGAAUUGUUAACUCGACUUGAUUUAGUAUUUUUACAACGAAUGUUAUCUCGUAAGUUAAAGAAUACAAUUGAAAAGAAAAAAUUGGCAGCUAAAUCAUUACGAAAACGUCAUAAACGUCGUAAAACGGCUAAACUACUUGGUCGUACUGAUCAAAAAAAUUACGGUAUUACUAUUAAAGUUCGUGAGUAUUCGCGUCGUUUAGAAUUUAUCCGUUCAUUAGCACGUAAAGGUUUACGCCCAGAAUGGAUGAUUUUAUCAAUUUUUCCAGUGUUACCGCCAGAUUUACGACCAAUGAUCCAGAUGUCCAGUGGUCGGUUCGCAACUUCAGAUUUAAAUGAUUUAUACCGUCGUUUAAUUUAUCGGAAAAUUCGUUUUGAGAAAUUUUUAACACUUUUUGAUGAAGAAUUUUUACCUGAUUUAUUAAUUCGGCAUGAUUUAUGUUUACUUCAAGAAGCCGCGGAUUCGAUUAUUGAUAAUGGACGAUUAGAUAAACCUGCCCAACGCCCAAAUCGUAAGCCAUUUAAAUCAUUAACUUCCAUUAUUGAAGGUAAACAUGGACGUUUCCGUCAAAAUUUAUUAGGAAAACGGGUUGAUUAUUCUGGGCGUUCCGUUAUCGUUGUGGGCCCAAAAUUACGUUUACAUCAAUGUGGAUUACCACGUGAAAUGGCAUUAGAAUUAUUUCAACCAUUUGUGAUUCGUGCUUUAUUAGAAGAAUCUGGGGUGAAAAAUAUUCGCGCAGCAAAAAAUUUAUUACAACGCCGUUCGCAAAUGGUUUGGGAUAUUCUUGAUACGGUUGUUUUGGGUCACCCAGUUUUAUUAAAUCGAGCUCCGACAUUACACCGUUUAGGUAUCCAAGCAUUUGAACCAAUUUUAUUAUCUGGUCGAGCAAUCCAAUUACACCCUUUAGUUUGUCCAGCUUUUAAUGCAGACUUUGAUGGAGACCAAAUGGCAGUACACGUACCAUUAGGUCUUGAAGCUCAAGCCGAAGCUCGUUUAUUAAUGUUGGCUACCCAUAACUGGUUAUCCCCAGCAACUGGUGAACCGAGUAUUCUCCCCAGCCAAGAUAUGAUUCUUGGUUUUUAUUAUUUAACAACAUUAAAACCAACCGUAAGUCUGAAACGCCCCGUUGAGCAACCAAUGGCAGUUCGCGGUCGUAACUUAAUUCAAUCCAAUUCAAUUUUUAAUAAUUUUGAGAGCGUUCUUCAUGCGUACGAAACAAGUAAGGUUGAUUUACAUGAAAUUAUUUGGUUAAGAUGGUCAUCAUAUAUUCAAACUACAAAUUCGGAACCAUUACAAAUCACGGUAAAUAAAACUGGUCAUGUAACAACAGUUUAUGAUAGUUUUGUCAUGCAGUCAGGUGCCACAAAUGGGCCAGAUAAUUCUAUGUUAUCAGUACAAAUGAAGUCUCGUGAUACCUCUAGCAUUUCGAAAGUGUAUAACUGUUUAACGUCAUUGAACGCCGCAGCUUUCUAUAUUCUUACAACACCAGGGCGUGUUCUUUUUAAUAACUUAAUUUAUGAAAACCUUUUUUUGUAA